GGCCGCUCCGCCUCUCACGGUGCCUCUUUCCAACUCCGGCUCCACCGCCUCUGUAUAACUCCGGCGAGUCUUCCAAAUCGGGAUUUCAAUCCAAACCCUAACUCAAGUUUCAAAUUGGUACCUUUUGUGUCAGCUCUUGUACACAGGAAGCUCUCGUUCGGAAAAUAAAGCCAACCGCCAAUGGCCGUCGUCAAGCCAAGUCUCCGUCGUGUCUGUCGCCUGGCCACCACCAUCAAUUCCUUUUCUUCUUCCUCCUCAGCCGUCAUCUCGGCCUCUCAUUCCGACACAGAGACUGAGACAACAGCAGUCGUCACCACCGCCACCCAGAAACUAUCUCACUCGGAAACCCUAAUAUCGGAAAAACUCCAUUCUCUAAUAAAAAACCACCACCGUCAAAACCCUAACCCUAAUCCGAUCGUCACCCCUUUCCCUCCGGACUUCUCCAUCCCGUCUCUCUCCUUCGACUUUUCCAACAUCUCCCACCACCAACCCCUCUCCCCCGCCGUUAUCCGCUGCGUAAUCGAAAAAUGCGCCGCCGUGCGUCAUGGUAUUCCUUUUGCACAAGCCCUAGCUUUCUUCAAUUGGGCAACCUCAAUGACCGAUGGCACAAGAACCGAUUCACCAGACCCCUACAAUGAAAUGAUCGACCUCGCCGGAAAAUCCCGCCAGUUCGACGUAGCUUGGCAGGUAAUUGAACUAAUGAAAGCAAGAAAUAUACAAAUUUCCGUUGAUACCUUUUCGAUUUUGAUACGUAGGUAUGUUAGGGCUGGAUUAGCUGCCGAAGCUGUUCAUGCGUUUAACCGAAUGGAGGAAUAUAAUUGUAAGCCUGAUCGAAUUGCUUUCUCGAUUGUGAUCGGAAUUCUUUGCAAGAAACGAAGAGCAGAAGAAGCUCAAUCGUUCUUCAAUAGCUUGAAGCAUAAAUUCGAACCAGAUGUUAUUCUGUACACCAGUUUAGUCCAUGGAUGGUGCAGGGCAGGUAACAUUUCAGAAGCUGAAAGGGUUUUCCACGAAAUGAAAACAUCUGGAAUCAAACCAAAUGUCUACACUUACACCAUUGUUAUCGAUGCUUUGUGUAGAAAUGGUCAGAUAACUCGUGCCCACGAUGUGUUUGCUGAAAUGCUUGACCAAAAAAUCGAACCCAAUGCCAUUACUUACAACAAUCUAAUGCGGGUUCAUGUCAAAUCCGGCCGAACCGAAAAGGUUUUGCAAGUUUACAAUCAAAUGAAACGACUAUCUUGUCCCCCUGAUUUGAUCACUUACAACUUCCUUAUCGAAAGCCAUUGUAAAGAUGGGAAUCGUGAUGAAGCAAUCAAGAUUCUGAACUCGAUGAGCAAGAAAGGGUGUGAGCCAAAUGCAAGUAGCUUCAACCCCAUUUUUAAAGAAAUCUUGAAAGCCCGAGAUGUAAAUGGUGCUCAUAGAUUGUUUGGGAGGAUGAAGGAGAUGAAAUGUAAGCCGAAUACAGUGACUUAUAAUGUGUUGAUGAGGAUGUUUGCUGAUAUGAAAUCGGCGGAUAUGGUGUUGAAGUUGAGAAAGGAGAUGGAUGAGAAUGAGGUUGAGCUUAAUGUGAACAGUUAUAGGAUCUUGAUUGGGAUGUAUUGUGGAAUGGGGCAUUGGAACAAUGCUUAUAAGUUUUUUAGGGAGAUGAUUGAAGAGAAGUGUUUGAAACCUAGCCAUGGUGAUUAUGAAAUGGUAUUGGGGCAGCUUAGGAAGGCUGGGCAGAUCAAGAAACAUGAAGAAUUGGUGGAGAAGAUGGUGAGUAGGGGUUUUGUUGCUAGACCUUUGUAGUAUGGUAUGGUGCCACCCUCCGGAAAGGUAACCGCUUAUAUGCCCGCUA